GCCAUUGGCAACGCUGAUUCAGUACAUUUUAAAUGUUAAAGAAGCGUCCGCUCUAAAAUAAGGUUAUGUAUGACUUGAAAGUUGAAUAUUGAAAAUAACAUUUUAAUUUUGAUAAAGAAUUGGAUGCAGUGUCGCAGUGUGACGGUUGUUAGUUUUUGUGUCCGUACCUAGCAACAGAUCAAACACAACCUCAUUGCAAUUUUCCAUUUGCUAAAAUACAUUUAGUAGGUACUGUCAUAAAUUUUAUUAAGCUACAAAUUGAAGGUAGUUUGUGAACCCAAUUACUUCGUUUAUCACCUCAUCACUUAUUAUAGAAAUUUUCAUUACAUCUACAGAAAUCUAAAUAGUAAAAUGCUGAAUGGAUGUGAAGUAGAAAAUGGAAUCAAGGAAGAUCAUGACUUGGCAAAAUUUGACUUUGCAGAAGGUACUACAGAUAUAGGAAAUUUUCAAAUCAGACCUUCACUAGAAGAAAAAUUCAAAACUGAUGUCGUCAAACACUUGAUCCACAAUGUGCUGGACGAGGAGUUACGAGGCCAGGAGUAUACAGCGGACAGAGCUGAUAUAUGGGCUGAGAAAAUUUCAAAUAGUAUAAAAAAUCAAUUGAAAGAAAUGGAGUUCAAAAAGUACAAAUUCGUCGUCCAAGUUGUGAUUGGAGAGCAGCGAGGGGCUGGCGUGAAAAUUGCCACUCGAUGCUUGUGGGAUGCAGAAACAGAUGCCUACGCAACCGACACUUUCAUCAAUGAAUCAAUUUUUUGUAUGGCUGUUGUAUUCGCAUCAUUCUUCUAUUGAGGCACCACAAUAAAAGCUAUAUGAAGGCUUUGUAUUUCCUUGUUACUCAUUGAUCAAAACUGACUUUUCUUGAAUGUCAUUAUAAUGCAAUUAGUUAAAUAAUAGUAGUCUAACGAUUAUUUUCAAUAACUUGACUAAUGAAAAAUGAAGUUAAUUGCAAUCAUGGUGAGAGGAAAAAGAUGUUAUCAGUUCCAUAUUAUUGUCAGUUGUCAGAUAACAUGACGUGGUAGUGACAACAUCUUAUUUAGUCACUAUCACCUAGUGUAAAUUUAGGUUGUAGUGAUUCAGUUCACCUUAAUAUUAUGGAGAAAUUCCACACAUGCAUGUGCCUAGUGUGAAAUCUGAUUCCAAUUAUUUGGAACGUCUUCACAGUUCUUAUAUUUUCUGUAAACUUUUACCCUGAAUACAUUUUAUCUUAUUCAACAAGAAUAUCAUACAAUAUUGGCUCUAAAUAAAAAUAUAAAUAUCAGUACCUACCCUUUCAAAUUAUCUUGUCACAACAUGUUUCGGACAUUAAUGCUAUUUUCAAGAUCUUGAAAGUAAUUUGAAAGGGUACUGUGAUUUUUAUUUUCAUUUAUAUCAAAAGUAGCCCUAAAGAAAAAAGACAAUACUGGCUCUUCUCAUGAUUUUUUAUAUUAAACAUUAUCUUGUUUUCCAUCAUGAGUCUAAGCUAAGUUCUAUGAGAUCUCGUCGAUAACAUUCUAAUUGAUUACAUAACAUACGUUUAAUUGAUAAUAACAUACUAAUUGAUAACAUAAUAAUAAUUGAUAAUAACAUACAUUUCCGAACCAAAUAAUUUAAAACAAAUUUAAAUUGAAAUAGGCAUUAUUACUCUAGUUGUAAAUGUGUAGAUUUGUAUAUUUUUCAUGUGAUUUAGUGAUUAGUGGUGAUGGAGAGGAUUAAUUCACUUAUGAAUCCAUCAGUAAACUUGUAUUACUUUUUACUCGCAAAAAGCUACAAAUUUAAACACUUGUGCCUGCUCAACAUAGUUUGUUGUACGUUUCAAGUGACCUUAACUUUACAAGAUGUGUAAAUUAAAAAUGUUUCGAUUGUCA